AUGGGCGACAUGAAUUUGUCUUCAGAAGAAAGCUUGUCUGGCUUUUGCAGAAUGUGUCCCAAAGACCUUCAGUACGAUGAGAAAGUUUUCGACAGUUUUCCUUUACAACUUCACCACCGCACCACCCCUGAUGAUGAUUCCCCAAAAUAUCAUUCAAAUGUAAAUUUUCAACCCUCAAAAAGCGAUAAGUCAAUAGAUUUUGAUGUUCUUUCUGCUUACAUUUCGGAUUCGACACAUACGAACCCGACUGAAAUAAAAUGUCGAGAGAAGAAAAUUAUUUGUCGAGGAUUUUCUAUCUCGUUUAAUUCAAUCAAGCCGAUUACAAAUAUUCACAUCUAUCACAAAAUGGUGAAAGAUCUUUUUGGGAAGAACAAAAGUUGUGAAUCAGGAGAAGGUCACAUUAAGAUUCGCUUUGUAUCCAAAGAAUGUUCCAAAAUAUGUAAACUCAUCCUGAAAAGUGUAAUAAAUGGCUACAUCGUCGUAAUAAAAUCCCAUUUCAACAAAACUCCUUCACAACAUUAUGCGGAAAGUAUAAAAUUUUUUGUAAGCGAUAAUAAAUGGAAAGCGUCUCAUGAUGGGGGUGAAAGAAGUGUUAAAACAUCAUCUCCAGCUUUGAGUUUUCAUGAUGCAAAGCAAAUUUGA